GCUCACCUUUCCAUUCACUCGCUGCUGGUAACUUCCUGCUGUCACUCCACCUCUGGCUCACCCAUCCUAGCUGAGGCUGAGGGAGCUUUGGGACCUAGAGCGGGGAGACUGCAGGGAAGGAAGCUGGCCCUCCUGACCCCCCAGUCCUGCCCUCUGCCAUUCCCCAUGCUGAGAUUCCUCCUCCUCAUCUCCUUGGUGUAUUUGAUCAGCUCCGAGCCAGACGAAGAAUGCCCCACAUUCACCAGGCUCCACUUCCACAACGCCGUCGUGGGCACAGACCUCAAGGUGAGACUGCUGCUGUACACACGGGAGAACGCCACCUGCGCCAAAGUCCUCGAGUCUCCCUUCCCCGGGAGCUUCAACCUGACCAAGAAGACCACCUUCAUCAUCCACGGCUACAGGCCCACGGGCUCCCCGCCAGUCUGGCUGUCUGAGCUGGUGCAGGGCCUGCUCCGCGUGGAGGACAUGAACGUGGUCAUGGUCGACUGGAACCGGGGAGCCACCCACAUCAUCUACGCCAUGGCCUUCAAGCACACCAGGCCGGUGGCCGAGAGCCUGACUGAAACCAUCAACCAGAUGCUGGCCAAUGGAGCGUCUCUUGACAACAUUUACUUGAUUGGAGUCAGCCUCGGGGCCCAUAUAGCCGGAUUUGUUGGACAGAUGUAUGAUGGGAAAAUUGGAAGAAUUACAGGUCUGGAUCCCGCAGGACCCCUCUUCAAUGGGAAACCCCCAAACGAGCGGCUGGAUCACACGGACGCCCAGUUUGUUGAUGUCAUCCAUUCAGAUACCGACUUCUUUGGCUUCAAAGAAACAUUAGGAAAUAUCGAUUUCUAUCCAAAUGGAGGACUGGAUCAACCCGGUUGUCCCCAAACAAUACUUGGUGGGUUUGAGUAUUUCAAAUGUGACCACCAGAGGUCUGUUUUCCUCUACUUAUCGUCUCUGGAAGAAGGCUGUGACAUCACCGCUUACCCGUGUGAGUCCUACCGCGACUACCUGAACGGCAAGUGCAUCAGCUGUGGGGACGGCCGGCCCGUGCCGUGUCCGCACCUGGGUUAUCAUGCUGACCAAUGGAAAAACUACUCAUUGCUAAAGGACCCUCCUGUGACAAAAGCUUUUUUUGCUACAGCCAAUGAAAAGCCAUUUUGUAUAUAUCACUACUUUGUGGACAUCAUGACUUGGAACAAGAACACGCGGAAAGGUUACAUCACCAUCAAGUUAACCGAUCAGGCUGGGAACACAACAGAGUCCAAGAUCAGUCACGAACCUGCCACAUUUCAGAAGUAUCAGCAAGUGAGUCUCCUUGCCAGGUUUGCUCAGGAUGUGGACCAGGUGAAGGGCAUCUCCUUGGUGUUCUCCACUGGGCCUGUGAUCUGGUCCAAGUACAAACUCAGGAUCAUCUGGCUAAAGCUGAGGCCCAUCACUCGCCCUGAGAAGCCACAGAUGUGCAGAUAUGAUAUCGUCCUGACAGAAAACAAAGAAACGGCUUUCCAGCCCAUCCUUUGCUAGAUGCCGAUGUCAUCAUUUCGUUAUCGGUGGACCAGAACACAUCUUCAUGGCUGCCUGGAGCUAUAGCCCCCAGUGCCACAAUUUUAGAACCAUGAAAUAAUUAUGGAGAGUGAGAAAGAUGGGGAAGCCAGAGCAUCGGUUGGGGCCGGCCCCUUUAACCUCCUGCACUUGGACUCAGUGGAUGCGGGACCAGCCAACACCGUGUUUCUGGAUGUUUAGAAUAACACGGGGUGGGGGUGGGGGUGAGGCUGGGCCCAGGAGCGGCAGGAAGCCCAACUUGGAUCUCACUCCUCUGUGCCUCUUGCUCUGAGGCCUUAGCCUUUCUCUUCCUCAAUUUCGGCCUUUGCCAAGACUCUGAACUACCUCUUGGGGAUGCUGGGAAGGAGAAGGAUUCCAGUCUGUGAAGGGGCUGGAGACAGGAAGUGAAAAUUCCUGUUCAUGUAUAUUGUCUAUGUAAUAUGUGAAUAUCUUAUUUAUUCUGAGGGGUCCAAUGACACGUGAGCUUUUGGAGGGCGGGGACUGUUUGCUUUUGUAUCUCCAAUGGCUUGUUUAGUGCCCGACACAAAAUAGGUGCUUAAUAAAUGCUUUGGACUGAAA